GCCCAGCCUAUGGGGGCGCUGGCCGCUGUCACGUGGCCGCGGAGCCCCCGAAAGCUGCCUGCUGCGGAGCUGCAAGAGCCGGACCGAGCCGGGACAGGGACGGGGGCUGCGUGGAGGCGGGUGCGUCGCAGGAUCCGUGUCCUGGAAUACCACACCUGGGUGACCUACUGAGCAGUCAAGAGAUUGAGAGGCUUAUGAGGAGGCCCUGGCAGACGAAACAGUGCCUAACAAAGACACCCAGGAGGAGGGAGAAGGAGAAAGAGGAAAGGCACCGGAGCUGAAACUCAGUGUAGCCAGCCAUGAGGUCGAUCCGAUCAUUCGCCAACGAUGACCGGCACGUAAUGAUGAAACACUCAACCAUAUAUCCGUCUCCGGAGGAACUUGAAGCCGUCCAGAACAUGGUCUCCACCGUGGAGUGUGCCCUUAAGCAGGUCUCGGACUGGAUGGAUGAAACGAGCAGGUCAGCCAGGACAGAGAGCAGCACCGACGGCAAAGAUGAACCCACAGACAGCGCUGGUAGCAAGGACCAAAGUGGACGGAUCUUAUGUGGCGUGAUGAGGAUUGGCUUGGUGGCCAAAGGCUUGCUGAUAAAAGAUGACAUGGACUUGGAACUGGUCCUUAUGUGCAAAGAGAAGCCCACAGAGACCUUAUUAUCACUCGUCAAAGACAAUCUUCCCAUCCAAAUCCAGAAACUCACUGAAGAGAAAUAUCACGUCGAGCAUCGCAUCGAUGAAGCAGCCAUCGUUAUCCGUAGCACAAACGAGCUUCCGCUUACGCUCAAGGUGACCCUAACCUCCCCUUUAAUCCGGGACGAAGCCGAAAAGAAAGAUGGAGACAGUGUCCCGAUGAAAGACCCCCAGGAUUUGCUCAACCGGCAGAAAUGCCUCGAAGCUUUGGCGUCUCUGCGGCACGCCAAAUGGUUCCAGGCCAGGGCGAACGGACUCAAGUCCUGCGUUAUAGUGCUGCGUGUCCUCCGGGAUUUGUGCAACAGAGUUCCCACUUGGGCACCUCUGAAAGGCUGGCCCCUGGAACUUAUCUGUGAGAAAGCCAUCGGUACAUGCAAUAGACCUUUGGGUGCCGGCGAGGCUCUGCGGCGAGUGUUGGAGUGCUUAGCAUCAGGAAUCCUGCUACCCGGUGGGCCCGGCGUGCAUGACCCCUGCGAGCGGGAGCCAACGGAUGCCUUGUCUAACUUGACUGUUCAACAAAGAGAAGCCAUUACACACAGUGCCCAGCACGCGUUGAGACUGUCAGCUUUUGGGCAGAUCUACAAGGUCCUGGAAAUGGAUCCUCUCCCUUCUAAUAAGUCGUUCCAAAAGUAUUCCUGGUCGGGGACCGACAAAGAAGGUGCCGGCUCCUCAGCCUUGAAGAGGCCUUUCGAAGACGGGUUGGGGGACGAGAAAGAUCCGAGUAAGAAGAUGAAGCGGAACUUGAGGAAAAUCCUGGACAGCAAAGCAAUAGACCUAAUGAAUGCCUUGAUGCGCCUGAAUCAGAUACGACCCGGCUUGCAGUACAAACUCCUUUCUCAGUCCGGUCCGGUCCACGCGCCUGUCUUCACCAUGUCUGUUGACGUGGACGGCACGACGUACGAAGCUUCGGGGCCUUCCAAGAAAACUGCCAAGCUUCAUGUUGCAGUGAAGGUUUUGCAAGCUAUGGGUUACCCCACCGGUUUCGACGCAGACAUGGAAUGUACCAGCUCUGAUGAGAAGUCGGAUACGGAAGGCAAAAACGAGACCAUCUCUUCAAACUCAAGCAAUAAUACUGGAAACUCUACAAUCGACACCUCUGCUACUUUGGAGGUCAGAACUCAGGGUCCCAUCCUCACAGCGAGUGGCAAGAAUCCGGUGAUGGAGCUCAACGAGAAACGGCGAGGCCUCAAGUACGAGCUCAUCUCCGAAACGGGCGGAAGCCACGACAAGCGUUUUGUGAUGGAGGUAGAAGUCGACGGGCAGAAGUUCCGAGGGGCCGGCCCCAACAAGAAGGUGGCCAAAGCAAGUGCCGCCUUAGCUGCCCUGGAGAAGCUCUUCUCCGGUCCCAACGCAGCUGCCAAUAAGAAGAAGAAGAUCCUCCCACAGACAAAAGGGAUUGUGAACACAGCCAUGUCAGCCGCUGUUCAGGCUGCCCGAGGCCGAGGGAGAGGCGCCCUUGCGCGAGGCGCUUUCGUUGGGGCGGCAGCUGCCACAGGUUACCUGGCUCCAGGUUACGCAGCGCCGUAUGGAUACAGUGCCGCCGCCGCCGCACCAGCUUACGGUUUGCCCAAGAGAAUGCUACUGUUGCCUGUUAUGAAACUGCCCACCUACCCCCUGCCCCAUUACUCGUUCUUUUAGCGAAGGGCCGACACACCAGCCCCCCCCUCCUUUUGAGUGACCACCACAGUACAGAAUGUUAGAAGAAAACAAGCGAGAACAAGACAAAAAGUCCGGUCUGCCUGCCGUGUGUAAAGUCUGGUUUUCUUUGAAGGCGUACCUGAGCAGAAACCCAUCUUGUAAAGAAACCUCUUUUCCUACCUUUUUUUUUAAUUUUUAUUUUAAACAAAAUGCAAAUUUAGUUCUCUUUAAAAAAAAAAACUUGAACACACAUUAACACAACAAACAACGGUCUGUGAAAAAAAGGGUUACCUCAUUUCCCCCCUUUGUCCUCUUCUCCAAAAUAACUUAUACCAGCCUUCUGUUAUAUAGGAAAGAAACUUAGAUGCUUAAAAUCUUUGUUUUUAAGUGAAGUACCUGGAUUAUGUAAAACUUUAAAAACUUGUGAAGGAUGUAUAGAGUAUAAAAUGCUGAUCACAAAAUAAAACCAGUUUUUGUUGUAAUAGAGAGUAUCCGCCUGUUUCCUAACCCAGUCAGGUUUGUCACCUUACAUUUUGGACCUAUGGUGUAGGUAUUUUUUUUAAAAGGAUCUGGAACACCAAAUACAGUUUUCUGUAUUGGAGGGGGGGAAAAAAGAGAAAGAAACGAAUACUUGUUUAAUUUCCUAAAUACAAGAGGCAUGCAACGUGGAUUUAAAUACCAUACUAGCUGAUUGUAAAGAUUCAUUAGGCUUUAUUCCAUGUAACAAUGUUGUGGUAUCCUUCUAGGAUACCCUUUUUUUUUGCCAUCCCCCCCUCCCCCAAGUCGUGGGCGGUAGCUUACCUCUUCUUUGUUCACACUGGUCGUGCAAGGCGUGUCGACUUGUGACAAAUGUAUUUAUGCGUUUUAAAACUAGAGCACGGUCAUAGGUAACCACGUGUUUUCCCCCAUAAGUAGAUGCCUUUUUGUAUCCCCGAUUCUUGCAUAGGACUUCCCUAAAUUGCUACAUCGUUGUCUUCCUGCCUUACCAUUUCUUUCCUUCCUUUGGGAAAUAGAAAAAGAGGCUUAGAAGCCCCCUUGCCUAGAGAUUGGAAAAGUUAAGAUUUCCAUCCCCUCUCCUUUGCCCCUAGGAAGGAUUUCCGCUCAAAAAUCCUAAAAAUGAAAGAUCACAAGUCCACCCAAACUAGGGCUGAAGUUAACAUAGAAAUGCCACCGUCCAAGCCGAUACAACCCAACAAAAAGAGGAAUCGUCCGUGCUUUAACAAUUUAUGCCUCUUUAAUUCGAAAGGUUUCUUUCUUUUUUUCCCCUCCAUCUGUUUUUAUUAUUACUAGUUAAAGAAAAAAAAGCAAACCAACCUCCAAUAAACGAAUCAACCUCAAGCAUUUUCUUGUGGCCUCCUUCACUCAGUCUUGGAUUUUGUUAACACAUUGGUAAUGGGGUCUCCCCGACGCUCCUCCUUCAGAGUUAAAACUUAAAGGCCUUAUUCUGCCCUGUGUCCCACCGUGGCCACCCUCUUCCUCCCCUUCUCCCCACAACCUUGUACAAUUCUAAGAAUCUAAAGCAGCAACACAGUCCCCCAUGAAAAACAAACCAACAAACCAACUCUGCUACCUUAAUUGUCCUAGUCUUGUCCAGUGCUGCUGUGGAAAAAGUGAAGCCGUUUCAGCCAUAGGCCAGCACCUCCCCCUUUUUUUUUAAUUUUGUGGUGUGUGCAUCGAGACCCAAGUGGUGAUUUGUUAAUGUGUGAGUUUUGCCUGCGUGCACAACUUCUCCGCUCUCUCCA